AGCCGCGAGGACUCAGUCUUGCGGUGGCCGCGCAGUCUACCCUCGUCGUUGUAGUCGCAGCGUUGGCAACGCCAUGGAGGCCUCCGAGUCAUUUUUCUCCUCUCACGCCGGCCUCUUCUAUUGGGUCGGAGUACUGACCAUCGCUUACUUCGUUUACCUGCCUCUUAGCUAUGUAGUGCGUACCUUCCGCUUGUGGGUGCUGGGCAACCCGACGGCAGUGGGCCCGCACCUGGGCGCCUGGGCAGUUGUCACGGGAGCUACUGAUGGAAUUGGAAAGGCAUAUGCAGAAGAGUUAGCAAGGCGUGGAAUGAAGAUGGUUCUUAUCAGCAGAUCUCAGGAAAAACUGGAUCAGGUUGCCAGUGAAAUGAGGCAGAAGUUCAAGGUGGAAACAAAAACUGUUACUGCUGAUUUUGGAGACCGAGUUGGUAUUUACCAAAACAUAAAAGCAAGCCUGGAAGGCCUUGAGAUUGGUAUCCUAGUAAACAAUGUGGGGGCUGGAUAUUCUUAUCCUGAAUACUUCCUUGAGAUCCCUGACCUAGAUAAAACAAUUGACAACAUGCUAAACGUUAACAUCAUGUCUGUGUGCAAGAUGACACAAUUGGUGCUGCCCAGGAUGCUGGAAAGGUCCAAAGGAGUUAUAGUGAAUAUUUCCUCUUUUUCUGGGAUUCAACCAUGUCCAUUUCUCAGUCUAUAUUCAGCAACCAAGGUUUUUGUGGAUUUCUUCUCUCAGGGUAUCAAUGCGGAAUACUCAAAAAAAGGUGUCAUUAUACAGAGUGUUCUGCCAUAUUUUGUGGUUACAAAAUUAGCUAAGAUCUGGAAAUCAAGCACUUUUAUUCCUACUCCUGAAAAUUACGUAAAAUAUGCCCUCAACACGGUUGGCCUUGAGUCCCGAACUUUUGGGUACCCAGCUCAUGACUUUUUGGUCUGGUUGGCCAACCUAGUUCCAAAGUGGUAUGUAGCAAAAAUGGUUAGAGAAGGAGCCUUAAAAACAAGAGCUCGUAGUCUGAAGAAACUAAAGGAAAACUAGUAUCCUUGGCAGUUUUGUAUCGACAUUCAAGCACCAAAUACUUUGUCAUGUCUUAAAUUAUUUGACGUGGGUUUUUUGAGGGGACCAGAGACCAAUGUGAACUAAGAGAAAAUUGAAUGUGGAGCACAGGAAAAGCAAUUAUCUACUUGUAGAUUUUCUCUGCUGUUCUGCACCAUUAUUUUAGAAUUAACUUGAACUGUAAUUUGUACUCCUACUUACUAGCUAUUCUGAAAUGUAUUUAACAACAGCAUGGUUUGGAAAAUGAUGUCGGUGUGCGAAAUUUGAUGGAAGAUGAAAUAGAACAUUAUUGGAGUUUGCAAAAGAACACCAGCAGUGUUUGUAACAGACUAAUCCAUAAAGUAUCUUCUUAACUAAAACCUAUUGUCACUAAUUUUUACAUUGCAAGAAAUUACACACUGGAUUUGGACAAGUAUUUUUCCCUAUCAUACAUUGGCCGUAAUAUAUUUGUAUUAUCAGCAGAAGCAUAUGAUGGCUAUCUUCAGGCAUCCAACUCCUAUGUAGAUCUCUUUUGGACCAUUUGGUGGAGGUGGGGGAAAGGAGGUAUUCUGUAAUUGAACCCAACAUUAUUGGUAUUAAGUGAAGCUGAGGGAAUGGAGACUUUUUAAAGUUUCACCUUGU